GGAAGUGGACGGUCCCUGACAACGCAUCGAAUGGCAACGAACGAAGGUUAGACCCUAGGGCUACGAAUCGAAUCGAAUCGAAUCUGGACUGGACCGGACCGGACCGGACCGGACUGGACUCGAAGGCUCCUGACCUCGUUACGAUCGUCCUCGAUAACAUGCGGUUGAUCGGUGUCGAGGAUCGAUCCGAAAGCACUGCUCUCCUCGCCUUGCAGCGUCCAAGCAAUGCGGAAAUUAAAGAGGAAAUCUACCACCACCGCCGGUAGCCAGGGACACACGGAUGUACCUACAUUCAACAUAUUAUACAUACGUACAUUGAUUUCUACGCGUCACUCGAGACUGUCAUUCGAUGGAUCGGUUAACUUUUUAGUCACGAGCAAACCGCGACCCUCAAACUUUCUACCACCAGAUUCGUUCGUGUGCCUACCUGUUGUUCCACAUCCGAUCGAAUAUACCACCCUGAAAAUUGCUAUCUUCUUGCACGUUUAUGUUCCUCGCCCCAACUGUUGUGUUCUUUCUAUUCUGUUUCCCCCCUUUCCGUUUCGUUUUCGUUGCCUUUGAUCUACUUUGCCACGAGGCGCACUUGUCUUUACUUCUACAGUCAAGAUUAGUCUUAAAAACGUAUUAAAAACAAAGAGCGUAUUUUAAGGUCUUUGCGACAAAAGGGGAAGCCCACGUUUAUAAUUAAUACGUUCUGUCCCACGAUGGAUGAAAAGCGUGGUUGCAUGUUGCGUGUCGUGCGGCGGCCGACCAGAAAGCUGGACGACGAGGUCGAGGCGAGCCGAGCCGAGCCGAGUCUGGCCGAGCCGAACCGAGACGACGCGAGUCGAACCGAGCCGAACCACCAACGCAUGCAAUUCCGUGAUGGUGGCAGUCUAGCACGAGCCGCCGCUCAGGAGACACCCGUAGGGGACUUGCUUGUUUCAAGUGAAUGAACAAGAGAAGAUGCCUGGCCACCGUCAGCCUAACUCCUUAGAGGGGCUUAGUUUGGGACGUGUGUGUCAACAACUCGACGGGACGUGCCGACGUCUGCAGGUGCUUUCGCAAGAUUCAUCCGCAGUGCAAGUGUUGGCAUAUGCGAAGCAGACAAUCAGACCUUAUUACAUAAAUGCUUUACCAGCACGUUUGCGAUCUCAAGUCGUAGAAGAAACUUCAAAAAUGUUGUAUGGACCUGCAUCCGAUGGAUCUACAUUAAUUUCUGGGCCAGCUCCUUUGUAUCUAUUGGCCCUUCUUCUCGGGCACGAUAUAAAGCAGUUGAAAGUGAAUCUUUGUUGCUACUACGGAUGUAGUCAUCAGACAUCGUUAUUAAAACUGCUUGCAUCGGAAGGAAUCGGAUUAGAAUCUUUGGAAUUGGCUCGAUCUGCUCUGCUAAGAUUAGAUUGCAAAUUACUAAGAUCCGCACUUAUGAAUAUGAAAAAUCUGAUGAGUCUGACGCUUCGUAACAUAGCCAGCGACGCGGUGCUUCAAGUUGUGGGAAAAGCUUGUCCAAAGCUAGUAAUUUUGGAUGUUGCUUGUUCCAGACAAGUAACGGACGUAGGAUUGAAGCAAUUAUUGUUACAAGUAGAACUUAGAGAUAAAGUGUCUCAUACUGCGAUGCAAGAACCUACCAGCUGGUCUCGUCUAAAAACAUUACUCUCAAAGUUAAAAAUGAGGAAUUCUAAAUCGGAAAAGAAGGAAAAACAUGGGGUAUUGUUAGAAUAUUACGAAAGCAGAAACUUUCUUUGCGACACGCUCAGAGUACUUAAUGUUGCCAAUACUGGAGUGACCAGUGCAGGGGUACUUUUGGCUCUAGUGCAUGUUCCACGAUUGGAAUCCUUGGCAGAGUAUAGUCAUAUGGGACGAGUGGUGGAGAUCAUGAACAAAGGACUCGUUGGAUUUAAAACUCCAUUUAGUCUAACACAAGCAAGAAGUUGCAGAACCACUCCAAUCCGUUUAGAACUUUUAGCACAAGCAUGUCCAAAAGUGGAAAAAUUACACAUCUCCGAACCUUAUCAUCCACCCGAAGCUUUACGACUAUUUCCUUACAUUACGUCUCUAAGCGUGCAUAGUAUACCGCCUCAAAGGGAAUGGUUAGAUGGUUUCUAUGACUAUCUUCGUACGAACGGUCACAACUUGCGUGAACUUAAUCUCCGAAUAACCCAACACGAAAAUCUUAUACAAGUGGACUUGAAAGAAAUUUUUGGUAGUUGCUGCAAUCUCAGAACAUUCACUAACGACGGUUCGAAUACAAUUUGGAGCGAAGGACCUGACCCCCCGCCACUAAAAUAUUUAAAAAAAAUUCAAUUGGGACGCAUAGUAAGUGCUGUUGCUAUAACAAAAAUUCUUUUGUUAGCGCCGCAGUUGACGGCGCUUCAUGUUCAUAGUUGUUUCGAUCUCACAAACGAACAUUUGGAAAAGUUAUUGAGUGCGACGAGCAAGCACAGACAGCCAAGAAAGUCUGAUAAAUGUGAAAAUAGUUUAGUACAAAACCUGACAUGUUUUUAUAUAUAUGAGGCCAGUAAAGUGUCCGCAACAACUGUGCUAAAUAUGUUUAAAAACUGUAAAAGACUGCGAAAAAUUGGAAAUUUAGCUAAUUGGGGUUUAGAUUGCGAGGGCGUCAGAAUGCUAAGAACAACACUGACUCGGGCAAAUUUGGACAUGGACCUGUGUCCAGGAGCACAUUGGUUUUGGAGUAAUUGUAUCGAGUAACAGGCAUUUUACACCUACUAUACUAAUAAAUCUAGCUCCUUAAGAAUUCAGUCCAUGGAACUAUCAACUGCCAUUUAAUUAAAAUCUGUUAUCCUUUAAUAGACUGUAAGGUUGUCAGUAUUAAAAAUUACAUUAAUAAAUAUAAAACAAUUUGUAUUUGAGAAAACGCAGAAAAUGUUAUACAUUUAGGUAAACAUAAAUUUAAAGGAAAAAAAAAAACAAAAAACAAAAAACGAAAAAAAUAAUGAUAAUAAUAAUU